AUGGCCGACACGGAUAUCACAGAAGUCAUUCAAUUCGGACAAGACGCGGAGGAAAGCAAGCAGCCUGAUUUCACGCCGGAUCACAAGCCAGACUGUGGCAAUCCUGCCAACCUGGAUGCAACCCCCGAGCAAGUACCCCCUGUGAUAACGGACAAGCGAGAAUUGUUAGUGAAUGAGCCUUUUGAGCGGGACGAUCCAAGCUUAGCCUUCCAAGGAGCGCGACUCUUGGGUCUCUAUCGAAGCCUAUGGAAGUCGUCCGUGUCCAAACAACUCAAUGGCGAGAGCCUCGAAAAGAACAACGAAACAUCGGGAGAGGCCAACAUGGAUCUCAAAAGUGAAAGAGAUGGACUUCAACUCCUGUAUGACGAGCAGCAGUCUCGGUUGCUUCUUUUGGAUCGAGAGCUGGAGCUUUCUCGACAGCGAUUGAUCAGCAUUCUCAAUCACUGGAGCCAGUACUCUCGUGGCGAGCUGACGGGACUGGGGGGGUCUGCGAUAAAAUCCAGACAUUUCGGGCAUUCUUCGUGA